AUGGCCGCAUCCACCCUGUCCGUCUGCUCCAGCGACCGGAGCUACGGCAGCCGCGUCUGCCUGCCCGGCUCCUGGGACACCUGCUCCGACUCCUGGCAGGUGGACGACUGCCCAGAGAGCUGCUGCGAGCCCCCCUGCUGUGCCCCCACCUGCUGUGCCCCCACCUGCUGUGCCCCCUCCUGCUGUGCCCCCUCCUGCCUGACCCUCAUCUGCACCCCUGGGAGCUGCAGGUCCAGCCCCUGCCAGUCAGCCUGCACCAGCUGCUGCCAGCCCUCCUGCUGCAGCUCCUCCCCCUGCCAGGAAGACUGCUGUGUGUCUGUCUGCUGCAAGCCCGUCUGCUGCACCCCUGUCUGCUGCCAGACCUCCCCCUGCUCAGGCUCUUCAUGCUGCCAGCAGUCUAGCUGCCAGCCCUCCUGCUGCAGCUCCUCUCCCUGUCAGCCUGUCUGUUGCACCCCUGUCUGCUGCAAACCUGUCUCCUGCACCCCGGUCUGCUGCAAGCCCGUCUGCUGCACCCCUGUCUGCUGCAAGCCCGUCUGCUGCACCCCUGUCUGCUGCAAGCCAGUCUGCUGCACCCCGGUCUGCUGUAAGCCCGUCUGCUGCACCCCGGUCUGCUCCGGGCCCUCCUCCUGCUGCCAGCCCUGCCCCUGCUCCUCGUCCUGCUGCAGACCGUCCUCCUGCAUGUCCCUGCUCUGUCGCCCCAUGUGCAGGCCCGCCUGCUGUGUGCCCGCCUCGGCCCAGAAGUCCUGCUGCUGA